UUCCAUCUAGAGUCUCUCCUAGGUCAAAAAUCAUCAUAAUCGACUCUCAUCUUUCCCUCGCCGAUUAAUCUUUAAAGAAUGGAUCCAGUUCAGUCUCAUGGAUCACAAAGCGCUCUCCCUCCUCCUUUCCACGCUAGAGACUUCCAAUUACAUCUUCAACAACAACAACAACAACAGCAGCAACAACAACAAUUCUUUCUCCACCAUCAUCAGCAACAAAGAAACCCUGAUCAAGAUCACGAGCAGCAAGGAGGAGGGUCGAUGAAUCGAUCCAUCAAGAUGGAUCGCGAAGAGACAAGCGAUAACAUGGAAAAUAUCGCUAAUAAUAGCGGUAGCGAAGGUAAAGAGAUGAGUUUACACGGCGGAGGAGGAGGAGGAAGCGGCGGUGGAGGAAGUGGAGAACAGAUGACAAGAAGACCAAGAGGAAGACCAGCAGGAUCCAAGAACAAGCCUAAAGCUCCAAUAAUCAUAACACGAGACAGCGCAAACGCGCUUCGAACUCACGUCAUGGAGAUCGGAGACGGAUGUGACAUAGUUGACUGUAUGGCCACGUUUGCAAGACGCCGCCAGAGAGGCGUUUGCGUUAUGAGCGGCACAGGAAACGUUACUAACGUCACAAUACGUCAGCCCGGAUCUCCACCUGGCUCGGUCGUUAGCCUCCACGGCCGGUUUGAAAUCUUAUCCCUCUCGGGAUCUUUCUUGCCGCCACCUGCGCCCCCUGCAGCCACCGGACUAAGCGUUUACCUAGCCGGAGGACAAGGGCAAGUAGUUGGAGGUAGUGUUGUGGGACCCUUGUUGUGUUCAGGUCCUGUGGUGGUUAUGGCAGCGUCUUUUAGCAAUGCGGCGUACGAGAGGCUGCCCUUGGAGGAAGAUGAGAUGCAAACGCCAGUUCAUGGCGGAGGAGGAGGAGGAGGUGGUGGUAGUGGUGGUGGUGGUGGUGGUGGUGGUGGUGGAAUGGGAUCUCCGCCGAUGAUGGGGCAGCAACAAGCUAUGGCAGCUAUGGCGGCGGCUCAAGGGCUUCCACCGAAUCUUCUUGGUUCGGUUCAGUUGCCGCCGCAGCAGCAGAAUGAUCAACCUUAUUGGUCUACGGGUCGGCCACCUUAUUGAUUAGAUUACUACUAAUCUAUAUAUAUUUACACACAUGAAUCGAAUGUAGCUAUGAAUUUAUAUAUAUGUAGCUAUUUACUAAUAGAUUUUACAUAUAUAUAAAGCAAGCUAACAUGGAAUAUGGUUAAAAGGAGGUGUACACGAAGUAUGAUGAGAAGAUGAAGACGGCGAUGUAUGAUGAAGGAGCUUUUCCGAUGUGUUU